UAUGCAUGGUAACAUGUGUACUGUUUGAAUCCGAAGUUUCAAGAUAAAAUCAAAAAUUCAUAAAGACGGUUUGAUCAAACAACUUUUAGUUCAAGAAAUACAAAGAUGAUAGUUCUGUGUCUUAUUUAUUUCAGAGUAAAAUGGUUGAAAAUGGAGACCUAGGUUUCCUGCCUGGUCCUGUAACAGGCCUGGUGGAGGAUGGUGGGGUGGUUCUGGGACCUGGAGGGAAGAAGGAAGGUAGAACAGUUUCUCUUCCUAAACUCUGUUCUUCCGAUCAAGCUCUUAUCCAGAAAGCGAAGAAAUAUGCCAUGGAACAAAGUAUCAAAAUUGUAUUGAUGAGACAAACCCUGGCUCACCAGCAGCAACAAGCUAAAUCUCUUCAGAGACAACAGGCAAUUGUGUUGAUGUGUCGAAUCUAUGUCGGAAGUAUCAACUUCGAGGUUCGAGAGGAGACUCUCAAGGUCGCUUUCGGUCCCUUCGGACCCAUCAAAGCGAUCAGUAUGAGCUGGGAUCCUAUUACGCAGAAACACAAGGGGUUUGCCUUCGUGGACUUCGACACCCCUGAAGCAGCACAGUUGGCCCUAGAGCAGCUCAACGGGACAUUGGUCUCCGGCAGGAAUAUUAAGGUUGGUCGUCCUAGCAACAUGCCUCAGGCUCAAUCUAUUAUUGAGGAGAUAGAACGAGAAUCCUUGAACUACAACAGAAUAUAUGUCGGAGGAAUACAUAAGGAUCUUGCAACUGAGGAUAUUCGAAGUGUAUUUGAAGCAUUUGGAACCAUUAAAUCCUGUGAACUGGUUCCUACUGUUGUUGAGGGGAGGCACAAGGGGUACGGUUUCAUUGAGUACGAGACCCUUCAAUCCUGUCUGGAUGCGAUCAACUCCAUGAAUAAUUUUGAUUUGGGUGGACUUGCUCUACGUGUAGGGAGGGCUAUCACGCCCCCUGACCUAAAGAAUACUGUGAGCAUGGACGCAAAGGCGUCAAUUAUUCCCACUGCGUCAGCAGUUGCUGCUGCUGCCGUGACAGCUAAAAUCCAGGCGCUGGACGCGGUAGCGGAGAAUCUUGGAAUCGAUGCUCACGAUAUCUCACAAGAGGAACAGAGAAAGAAAGAACGAGAGCGGGAAAAGGAGCGAGAUCGUCGGGACCGAGACAGAGAUCGUCGAAGAGGUCGUGAUCGCAGCAGGGAUCGUCGAAGCCGUGAAAAAGACAGGGAUAGCAGACAUAAAGUUAAAUCAGAACAUAAAGAAAAAAAUUCACCACCACCCCAGCCACCUCAGAGUGCUAGUGGGGCUAUCCCUGUGCCCCCGAGUAGUAUGCCCCCCUUGCCCCCGGGGGUUCAGAUGCCCCCUCAGCCCCAGCAGGGGCAUAACCCUCUGUUUGAUCGGAAUGAUGCAACCCAGGCGGCAAUUGCCAAUGCUCAGCAGGUUGAGCUGCAGAAGAAGCUGAUGGAUGAUAACGAGUCCACCACGCUCUACCAGCAGGAGAAUAUGCAGAUAAAGGGACAGUCAGCUAGACAUUUAGUUAUGCAGAAGUUGAUGGGGGCCCACGGAGGUCUACGUGAGAGUCGUGUGGUGUGUCUGCGUAACAUGGUAGGACCAGAGGACGUGGAUGAGAGGCUGCAGGAGGAGAUAGAGGACGAGUGCAGCAAGUACGGGGAGGUGGAGAACGUUAUUAUCUACCAGGAAAGACAGGGUGAGGAAGAAGACGCCGAGAUUAUUGUUAAAAUAUUUGUUGAAUUUACUGAACCAUCAGGGGCUAAGGGUGCUCGAGAUUCAUUGCAUGGACGGUUUUUCGGUGGGCGGCACGUGAACGCUCAUGUUUAUGACCAGAUUAUGUACGAGGAGCAAGAUUUCUCUCAUUGAUACAUGUACCGUGUACUGUACAGUGCUGAACAAUAAUUGUAUGUAUGUACAGUGUACAUACAUCAGCCUACUUUUUUUUAGCUGAUAAUCAGCCAAGAACUAGGACGUUAAAAACUCAGUUUCUUAGUUUUCAUGCUGAAAACACUAUUUAAAACGCUAAGUAAGAUUUAAAACACUGAGCUUACGUUCAAUAUUUACUUAAUUUGUACUUCUGAAAUGAAUUAAUUUUCCAAACUUAAGCUUAGUACUUAGAUAACAAGACUUUGAAAAAAAGUUAACUUGUGAUUCGUUCGUUUAUUUAAAAUUUUCA